AUGGGCAAGGACAUCUCUCCCGAAUGUGUCUCCCUCAUCCGCCAGGCUCUCGAGGAUGCCUGUGCGGACCAGGAGCGAGGAAUCCCAGGUGUGACCUUUCUCGUCGCUAAUAGAGACGGCAAACAGAUUUUCGCCCAUGCCGCCGGCAAACGUGGCAAGGGUGUGAAUGAGCCGAUGACUUUGGACUCUGUCUUUUGGAUUGCGUCGUUUACGAAGAUGAUUACGGGGAUUGCCUGCAUGCAGCUGGUAGAGCAAGGGAAACUUUCCCUAGAUGAUGCUGAACAGGUUGAAGGCAUAUGCCCGGAGCUGAAAGAUCUUAAGGUCGUGCAGAAAGACGGGUCUUUUGUGGAGAAGAAAAGGGGCAUUACACUAAGGAUGCUGCUGACCCAUACUGGUGAGGGGGUGUUUUCUUUUAUGAUAAUAGCUGGAUUUGGGUAUUCCUUUUUCCACAAGCAAUUACGAGACUGUAAUCGACCAAUUGGCUACGAUGAAUUCUCCGGCCAUAUAUAUGAUGUUUUGCAGCCGUUGAUAUCUCAACCUGGCGAGGGAUUUGAAUAUGGAGUGAACAUCGAUUGGGCCGGAAUUAUCGUCGAACGCAUUACUGGCGUUCUGCUUAACGACUACUUCCAGAAGAAUAUCUUCGAGCCUCUCGGGUUAAAGAAUAUCAGCAUGCUCCCCUCAGAAGAGAUGAAGGCAAACCUGGCAUAUAUGCAUUCGCGGAACGCGGAUGGCAUCUUAAUGCAAAGAGAUCAUGUGUACCGCCGGCCUCUCAUUGCUAAUGAUAAGACGGAGACCAAAGGCAUGCUGAAUUCUGGUGGAGCUGGUUGUUUCGCCAACCCACAGGAUUAUUUGGACAUCCUCACCACACUACUAAAUGACGGGGCAUCGCCUAAAACUGGCCAACAACUUCUCACAAAAUCUACUGUCGACCAGAUGUUUGAGAAUCAGAUCCCUCAUAUGCCAAACUUUGGCCGGCAAGAUACACAUUUGAACGCGAAGCCUGACUUUGUCAAGAACGUGCCAGAUUUUUAUCCCCUGAAUAAUAAUGAGCCUCAGGGCUGGGGCCUAUCGUUUAUGAUAACCAGUAGCGUGACCGGAAGGAGCUUGAAGAGUGGGAUGUGGGCGGGAAUUGCAAAUUUGUUCUGGUGGUGUGAUAGGGAACAUGGGAUAGCUGGGGUUAUUAGCACCCAAAUCUUGCCGUUUGGAGACGUUAAAUUGUUUGAUCUAUGGGCAGAUGUUGAGAAGAAGGUUUACGAUUCGUUGAAAUAA